GCCAAACCCAGCGUGGGGCUCCACAGUGAGAGUCAUGAUUAACCGAGAAUAAUGAACGAUUCGAGACCGUGCUCGAUAUGCCUUGAGCUAGCUAUCUGAUGCUUUCCAUGCCGUGCUCCAUAUUCUGCAUAUACCUCACAUGACUUGAUCGUGGUAAGGUCUCUUCGAAUCCACCAUGAAUCCCACCCUGGCAUCCAUGAGUGCGGAGGAGCUUCGGCGCCAUCAGCAAUCUUCAACAUGGUUCGCACCGGAUACCGAAUUUCAUGGGCCUAAUGUUGGCGUGUACUCGAUGCCAAACUCGCGACAGACGCAUAGAGCUAGGAUUAUCGAGCCGCAAGUGGUGAACGGCAAUCAGCCCGGCUUGACGAUACCACCGACGGCUGACCCUGGGGUCGCACCGAAUGUGAUUGAGCCUUCUCAUUCGACAGAUAAAUCGACCUUCUCCGAGGUAUCCCUGGGCGCCCGUAUUCGCCAAAUGUUACAGACUCUACCGCAUAAUGACCCUGGACAGGUGACCGUCUUUACUGAGUUGGUAAAACUUCGUACCAAGGAGCUGGAAUUGGAGAUCGCCAAUGCAAGACGGAAGGAAAAGGAAGCUGAACUUGAACUUGCAAGAUUUAGGUCUGUCACAGGAUCUACAGCGGGUCCUACUCCUCUCGAGGCUCGUCUGCCUGCCCCUACAGUCGCUGAGCCUGGUCACCCAACCUUUGUAUCGGGAUCUUAUCCGUUCGUCAAUCAUGCUCGACCGCUAGAAGAAGAUACAGUAGCUCCGAUUCCAGACGUCCAAUUCGACGUGGACAGCCUAUUGCAAGAGUUCCAUCUCGAUAAUUUCCUGGCCAUGCUACCUGGAUCUCAGGAACCAUCACUACAGACUAUGGACCCAACACAGAUGGUCUUCCCCGCUGUGCAACCUCCCCCUGUGCAAUCUUCUCCCAUUAAGCGGCGGUUCUCCUCACCUGCGGGCUCAGAUAACCAAGACGAACCCUCAAAACGACCUAAAAAAUCUGCUCGCAAGGCAAUCAUCGAGGAUUCUACCACUUGCUCCGUAUGCUUCAAGCCAAUCCUCAGAGCCAUCCUACGUACCUCCGUAUCAGACGUCCCGAACCCAAUCACAUUCUUGCUCAAAUGUGCAACUUGUCAACCCAUCGCUUCGGCUGAUUCCACAGAUAAGACGGGUCUCGUCACCUUGGAUAUACGCAAAAGGUUCAGAGUCUCUCUCGAAGUUGAUGACGAAGAACACAAGGCGAUCGAUCGAAGGGUGUUUUGCGACGUCUGUCAAAGAUCCAUCGCCACAGGCCAAAUGACCCGGGAUGGAGAAUCCAUGCUCGGCAUGCUAGAAAUUGUUUGUGCAUCAUGCGAUGCAAAAUAUCAAAGGUGUACCGACUGCGGCGGAGGCGGAGGCUCUCGCAUUGGUAUUGGCAAAUGGAGGAUGAAGCAAGUCUUCCAACCCGGGCGCAAGACAUGCAGCCUAUCCCACAAUCGGGUCGGAGAUCGGCAUCGAGAGAUCGGCGUGCACGUCACACCCACAGACUUCACACCUGAGCUGUUGAAAGAAGUGCUUAAUCGAUGCCAGAGCAUGUGGAACGAGAAGACUCUUGCAAGGCUGGCUGUGCCAGAGAUGCUCGAGAUCGAUCUGCCACCAGGUGUGGUCAAUCCUUUGCAGAGCUAUAGCGAUGUGGAAGCUGUGAUCGCCCGGAACUGGCCUUCUAGAGAAGCCAUGAUCCGCGCUCAGGGGGCCGACGAGAAAAGAUUCAAGCGGGUCCUCAGUCUCAUUUGGGCGCAUGCCAAGCCUCGACGGAGCGUCAAGACGGUAGAUCUGGAAGAAGAGUACGCGAAAGAAGAUCGGUCCGACCACAGUACAGUCUUGGCCAACGUGACGCACACGGACGUUGUCAUUCCGCCUGGAUCGGAUCUCAUUGGCAUGUGGGGAGGAGAAUGGGAUAUGGAACAGGGAUCACUCCUCAUUUCCACCUUGGUACCGUUCGAAGGCGCGGACGGCGAAGACAGCACAGCUCUGUCCGUAGGCGAGAUGAUCACCAAAGUUCAAUAUCUUCGGAAUAAAAUGAACGACGAAGGGCAGAAGUUGCCUCAAUGCGAGCAUCUCUGGGUCGUCUCCGGCGGAACCAUGCCGCUGGUUCGAGAACGAGUCGCCGACGUGCUCAUCAAGAAGCGAUCGUUUGUUCCGAUCGAGGAAUACCUCACCCGACACCCGGAAUUCAUUCACGCAGUCAAUGCUCGACCUCGGGGUCUCCAUCCAGACCUCAAUCGACCGGACCGGGGCGAUGAUCCCAAGCCGCUGAUUGUCGCUCGGUGGCUGGGAAGAGAUUUCGACGCAGAGCGAGUGCUCAAGAUCAAGCAACAAGAGUUUGGGGCCAAAAAGGCCAAAAAAAAGAAAGCUUGAUAUCAUGUUGCAGAAAAGCCACC